AUGUCAGCACCCCAGAUCCCAAACCUCAACACCCUUCGUCGAGGCGGCGGUCGCGGAAGAUUCCGAGGUCGCGGUGGCCACGAUGGCUCUGCCUCUAGCUCAGGACACAAAGACCGAGUCGUGCAGGGCACAGACAAUGACGCCAGCGUCUCCCGGCUGAGCGCAGUGGGACUGGGCUACCUGGUAGAUCCGUUUGCGAGGGCAUUAACGCCUAUGGGACAGGAGACGAGACGACUACCUAUUAUCAAUCGAGGAACGUACGUGCGAACGACGGCGAUUGAUCAACUUGUCGCGCGAUUUCUAGGAUUAACAGAGGACUCGGACCCUUCGUGGAAAACAAAGAAAAAGCAGAUAAUUUCGCUGGGCGCUGGGUCUGAUACGAGGGCUUUCCGGCUGUUGUCCUUGCGCCCGGCGCUGGACAUCGUCUACCACGAGUUAGAUUUUGCGGUCAACAAUACAGCGAAGAUCAAGGUCAUUCGGGGCACGCCAAUGCUGCAGCGUGUACUAGGGCGACCAGAGGAUGUUAAAAUAACGGACGCAGGCGAUGAAUUGCACUCUCCCGCCUACCAUAUCCAUGCGGUUGAUCUACGGACGCUCGCGCAGAAAGUAGAAAGCAAUGCGUUGGACGCGCGGGAUCCGGGACAUCGUCUGCAUGAGCUCGUCGACUCAAAUCUCCCUACGUUGCUACUAUCCGAGUGCUGCCUGAUAUAUCUUUCUCCAAGCGACGCUGCCGGUGUGGUGCGGUACUUCACACAUAACCUAUUCCCCGCUUCAGAAACGAGCGAGACACUGGGGCUAAUUCUAUACGAGCCAAUCCGGCCCGAUGACGCAUUUGGGCGAACAAUGGUCGCAAACCUUGCGACUCGCGGAAUUCAGCUCCAAACGCUCCAUCAGUAUGCGUCGUUGGGGGCGCAGCGGCAGCGGUUCCGCGAGCAUGGCUUUGACGGGGGCCAGGCGGCAGCGGAUGUGGAUUUCCUGUGGGAGCGGUGGGUGGCGGAGGAGGAGAAGGAGCGGGUGUCGGGCUUAGAGAUGUUGGACGAGAUGGAGGAGUGGAAGUUGCUGGCACAGCAUUAUUGUAUAGCUUGGGGAUGGCGCGAAGGCAGCACUCGGUUCAACAGCUGGAGAGAGCUGGAGCAGCAGCCCGCGGAGGAGUGA